AUGAAUUUACAAUUGACUACCAAACAACAACAAAAAUUAAUAGACCUCUAUCAAAGAUUCUAUCCAACUUCUAAUAUAAAUACACAAUUCAAUCCUAAUACAAUUAAAAAGAAACCAAUGAGUAAAUACAUUGAAGAUACAUUUAAUGCAGAAUAUGAAUUAGAUCAAACUGUUAAUAAUGAAGAAAAUUUUGAUACUCUUCUAAGAUUUACUAUUGAUUCAAGUAAAUCUAAUGGUCAGAAAAUACAAGCUUAUUCCAAGGAAGAUAUGGAAAAGGCAUAUAAAAUUGAAAUUGAAGGAACACAAUUAAAUGAUAGAGUUAUUCAAAAAUCUCAAAAAUCUCAAACAAGUAGUCAAGUUUGGAAUCAUUUCAAAAAAGCAAGUAGCACAUCAAAUCUAAUGAAACAUUUAAAGAAACAACAUUCCAUAAGAGCAGGAAUUUCAAGACAAAGUACAACUAUUGAUGAAAUGUUUGGUCCAUCAAAGUGGAAAUAUAAUCAAGAAGAAAUGAGAAAUAAACUUGUCAAAUGGAUUGUUAUUAAGCAACAUCCAUUUACUAUUGUUGAAGAGGAAGACUUUAUUAACUUUGUAUAUUUACUUUAUCCCAAUGCAGAAAUUCUCUCUGCUGAUACAAUAAAAAGAGAUAUUAUGGAAUUAGCUAAAAUGCAAACAGUUCUUCAAAAAUUGCAAA